AUGGCCUCGGAGAGCUCAAGGUCGUCUCAGAGCAGGGGAUCUACGCAGAAGAAGGGGCUUCUUUGUGGGUAUGGUGAGAGACCGGUGGUGCAAAUUUUGGGAACGAAAGACAAUCCAGGUCGACGAUUUUGGGGCUGCGUCUACUAUGAGGUUAAAGAAGAGUGUCAGUUUUUUCGUUGGGAAGACCCAGAAGCUGAAACCGAAGAUCCGCAGGUUGCAAGGUUGAAGAGGAAAGUUGUAGCCCUGAAAACAAACGUGAAGGCAUCUAAGUGGAAGUUGAAGGUUGCUGCAAUGUUGGGCAUGGUUGGUAUGCAAUACUUGCUCAACAUCAAAAUGAAACCAGAAGCAGAUACAUUAAAACACAACUAUGUGACCUGA